AUGAAAAUGGAAGGAAGGUGUGCAUACGUCGUUCUCAUCAUGGCAGCAUUUUGGAUGACAGAAGCAAUCCCGUUGGCCAUAACAUCCCUCAUUCCCGUCUUCCUCUUCCCCAUUCUUGGGAUCCUCGGUACCUCCAAGGUGUGCAUAGUCUACCUGAAGGAGACUAACAUGAUGUUCAUCGGUGGUCUCAUUGUCGCCAUUGCCGUCGAACACUGCAACCUGCACAAGAGGAUUGCUCUUAGGGUCCUACUAUGGGUUGGAACAGCACAAAAAUGGUGGGGAGUCCCGUUUGAGCAGUAUCUAGACAAUGACGAUGGCAUGAAGCCGGGAUACAGGCGUGCGAGGGUGGGGUGCCUAUUGGCGGUGGCGUAUUCCGCCAAUAUCGGGGGAACGGGGACCAUCAACGGGACCGGACCCAAUCUCGUCCUCAAAUCCGUUCUUGAUCGGAUGUACGGGAUCGGGACAGGGCUCAAUUACGGUACUUGGAUGGCCUUCAACAUCCCGGGAAUGUUACUCAAUAUUUUCAUCGCCUGGCUUUGGCUCCAGGGGGUCUUAUUCUUUAUUGAGUGGAGGGAACGUCGGAACCAACCAAAAAAAAAAGUAAAAACUCUAGAAGUGGAGAAGGCAGAAAAAGCAGCUCGCUCGGUGAUCGUCAAGAAGUACGAGGAACUGGGAUCCAUUUCAUUCCACGAGUUCAUGACCCUCACCCUUUUCAUCAUUCUCAUUCUUCUCUGGCUCUUUCGCCAACCUCAGUUCAUCCCCGGGUGGGGCGACUGGAUCAAAGGGGACAGGUAUGAACUCUCACUUCUCGUCCUCUUCCCAAUGUUCCACCUCUCUCUACGGGAAAUCCACGACUUCGAGGAUUUGGAAGUCAAAGAUGCAACCGCUGCAAUGCUCAUUGUCGUCUUCUUAUUUAUCAUCCCCGCGAAACCCAAAUUCUGGUGCUUUCGAGAAUCAUUAGAUGGGCCGUCGGAGUCGAGUGAAGCUCUCCUCAACUGGAGAGUCGUCCACGAGAAGUUGCCAUGGGGGGUUGUUCUCCUUCUCGGUGGGGGAUUCGCGAUGGCAGAAGCCUCUGAGAAAUCCUGCUUGUCUUAUUGGCUGGGUCAGAAGUUGGGAACCCUUGGGUUUUUGUCUCCAGCCGCUCUCGUCUUCAUCAUUACUAUCAUGACUGCCUUGAUAACGGAGGUGGCCUCCAAUACAGCCACUGCCACAAUCAUCAUGCCCGUCCUGGCCCAGCUCGUAAGAUACCACUUCCAUCCAUUAUCGUACCUAUUGAGUACAAUUGCAGCCUUUCGAAAGUUUUUAAUUUCUCUCAACGUUAAAAAGAACAUGAACAAAAUCGCGCCUGCUAAUUCGAAGCUCCAUCUCCCCGUGGUUGUGGUGAUCACGAAAUCUCGCUUUCCUCAGAUGUGA